GUGGAAGUGUCACUCCGAAGUCCAGUUGCCUGCUGGUUUAGUGCUAUGCUUUAUUGCUUUGGUGGUUCAGUUUUGUCUUCAUUGAUGCUUGCAGAACCUCCAGUAGCAUUACUGGCGAAGAGCGCAAAUAUACUACUGGCAUCUUCAGUCUGUGGAAAACACUUGAGAGCUGAAUGGGAAAUCAGGUAUCUUGUGUUUUACUGUCCACAAGACAUAUUCUAUCGGUGCUUUGCCUUUCUGCCUCUUCGGCUUCUGGUUGCAGGAAUGAAAGAAGUGACUAGGACUUGGAAGAUAACAGCUGGCAUUGAACAUGCAGACAGUCACUUCAAAGAUGCCUGGCUUGUCAUGGUAGCUGUAGGCUGGGCCAGAGGAGCUGGUGGUGGCCUAAUUUCCAACUUUGAGCAGCUGGUGAGAGGAGUGUGGAAACCUGAAACCAACGAACUACUGAAGAUGUCCUUCCCUGUGAAGGUAACUUUGGUAGGAGCAGUUCUCUUCACCCUGCAACACAGCCAGUACUUCCCAAUAGCAAGACACAACCUUGUGUUUUUAUACACCGUCUUUCUUGUUGUCUCUAAGGUAACAAUGAUGUUGACAAGAUCUGCAACUUCUCCAUUUGGUCCGUUUGAGGCUACAUUAGGCCAUAUGUUUUUUGGUUUGCAAAAGACACCAUCCAAAGUGAAGGGUGAAGGUGCUGCAUCUUCUAAUGGCUCUUCAGUCUGUGAACGGUCUUCUGAACAGCACCAGGAUGGUGUUAAGAAAAGACAGGCAAAGAAAACAGAAUAAACAGCUUAAAAUACUUGAUGGUCAUAACCUCUGAAGAUGUAUUUCAGAUUAGACUGGCUGAGAAAUUUGUUUAAAGAAAUGCAUGUGAAGAGAGAACAGCGAUGUAUACUACUGUGUUGUUUCUGCUUUCAGAAUGUGUUUUGUAAGCUUCUAUUCAGAUGUUGGAUUUGUAAGUUAAAAACUACAAAUUUUUAUAGCAGUUACAAGUUUACUAAUUUUUGUAUUUCUGAUAACUUUAAAUGCUUACAUGCU